AUGAUCUCGAAGGUCGCAGCUAUCGGUGCCUUGCUGGCUGUGGGCAAUGCCCAAAAUGUCGGUACCCUCACGACAGAAACCCAUCCCAAGAUGAGCUGGAAACAGUGCUCCGCCGGUGGUAGCUGCACAAGCAAGAGCGGAGAGAUCACCGUCGACGCCAACUGGCGAUGGCUCCACGAUACUAAGGGCUCCACCAACUGCUAUACCGGCAACGAGUGGAACAAGAGUAUUUGCUCUGAUGCCAAGAGCUGUGCUGCCAACUGUGCCCUGGAUGGUGCUGACUAUUCCGGCACCUACGGCGCCUCAACCAGCGGUGAUGCCCUCACCCUGAAGUUUGUUACCAAGGGCCAGUACUCCACCAACAUCGGCUCCCGUAUGUACUUGAUGGCCAGCACCGACAAGUACCAGAUGUUCAAACUCCUUGGUAACGAAUUCACCUUCGACGUCGACGUUUCCAAGUUGGGUUGCGGCAUGAACGGUGCUCUGUACUUCGUUUCCAUGGACGAGGACGGUGGCAAGUCCAAGUACUCGACCAACAAGGCUGGCGCCAAGUACGGCACGGGCUACUGUGAUGCUCAGUGCCCGCGUGACUUGAAGUUCAUCAACGGACAGGCCAACUCGGCCCAAUGGAACCCAUCUAGCAACGAUGCCAACGCCGGUGUUGGUCAGAUGGGCUCGUGCUGCUCUGAGAUGGAUAUCUGGGAGGCAAACUCCAUCUCGACCGCCUACACCCCUCACCCUUGCAAGGAGAUCGGCCAACACGCUUGCCAGGGCGACGCUUGUGGUGGAACCUACUCCAGCACCCGCUACGCCGGUGACUGCGACCCCGAUGGCUGUGACUUCAACUCGUACCGCCAAGGCGUGAAGGACUUCUACGGACCUGGCAUGACUGUCGACACCAAGUCCAAGUUCACAGUCGUGACCCAGUUCAUCAAGGGCUCGUCCGGUAACCUCGAGUCCAUCAAGCGUUUCUACGUCCAGGGCGGCAAGGUCAUCCCCAACUCCGAGUCCACCAUCUCCGGCACGUCGGGUAACCAGAUCGAUGAGACUUUCUGCAAGGCCCAGAAGACUGCCUUUGGCGACACCGACAACUUUGCGCAGCAGGGUGGUCUUGCGCAGAUGGGCAAGGCCCUCGACAAGGGCAUGGUUCUUGUCAUGUCGCUUUGGGAUGACCACUACGCCAACAUGCUCUGGCUCGACAGCACCUACCCGACCGACAAGGACCCGGAGACUCCUGGUAUCGGCCGUGGCACCUGCGACACCUCCUCCGGCGUCCCCGCUGAUGUCGAGAGCAAGCAGGCCAGCGACCAAGUCAUCUACAGCAACAUCCGCUUCGGGCCUAUCAACUCGACCUUCACCAAUGCAUAA